CGCUCCGCAGCCUCCCACUCUGCCGUCUCCUCUCUUACUCUCCGUGCACCUCUUCUGGCGCCCACCGAACGCGACCAAUUCAUGACACACGCGUAGUCUGUCCCACCUGCACCUACCGGACGCCUAUCCUUUCUAGAAAUACACCACCUAUCCUCUCCUCGUCCCCCCUCCUCGGCCUUCUGCCCUCUCACCCUCUUCCCCUGUGACGUCCUCCUCUCCCCUGGUCGCCGUCCAUGGAUUCCUCGUCUCCCGCCUGUGUCUCCUUCAUCGGAAUCGUCGACUUCACAGAAGACGCUAACUGGGUGUACUGUUCCGAAUCGGUCUACGACCUCCUCGGUUAUGAGCCUCAUGAGCUUAUUGGAACUUCUUCCCUCAACCUCGUCCACCCCGAUGAGUUCUCCGAGGUCAAGGAGCUACACUACACCACCAUCUCGCAGGACCAGGCCGCCGUCCUCGCGUACCUCCGCAUGCGCCACAAGGACGCGUACAAGGGCUACAUCCUCUGCGGCAUCUCUCGCACGGUCUGCCAAAACGUGCUCGUCGGGAGCGUCUCCUUCGCCGCCCCGGGCCCAAAGGCGAUGCACAACGCAUCGACCGCCCAGGAGGUCAAAAUCAUCACCCCCACCGCGAAAGAUCUAGAGUUUAGGCGAUGGAAUGACCCGAACCCGAUGCCGCCCUGCCCCAUUCCGCCGUCGCGUUCAGGCAGCCCCACCCGCGACCGCGACUACCGACGCGACCGCGCGCGGGCCAUUACGUUCGACCCGCUCCCGGAGCAGUCUGUCCGCACCGCGCUCAUCCUUGAUCGGUUCAGCGUGAACUGCGGAAUUAUGUACUGUUCAAACGACAGCCUGCUGUCGACAACGACCUGCAUGGGUCGCAGCUUCUUCGACUUUGUCUUGCGCAAGGACGAAGACCUGGUACGCUCGUGGAUCGACGUCAUCAAGGGCUGGGGCGUAAAUGAGCGCGGGCAGCCGAGCGACGGUGGCUUCGGCUUUGGCAAGUUCACCGUGCUCGUCAACGGGCGCGAUUCCAGCAUCCGCCAACCGGACCCUGUGCCCUCACGCCACCGCAACGGCUCGCACGCGCACGCGCAUAGCAAUAACCACGCGGACCCACAUUCGCACUCGCACUCGCGCACGCGCGACGCCGCCCGCGCGCACCACUACCAGACGUCCUCCGGGCCCGGCCACCGCGACCGGGGGGAGCGCGACCGCGGCGAGAACGGACGCGAGAACGGCCGGGAGCGCGAGAGAGAUAGGGAUAGGGAGCGAGGGAUGAUGCGCCCGCCGCGGACGACGGCGCGCCCGGAGAACGAGCUCAUCGUGGACGCGAUUUUCUCGGCGCACUCGGACGGGCUGAUGGUCAUCCUGCGCAAGUCGAGCUCGUGAGCGGCGGCCGUGCCCCGCGCACACACGCUACCGGUGGCCAAGUAUGCUACGCGUGUGGCGGGCCAUUGCCCGCCCACGCGUCGUCCGUGCACUUUGCCACCCGGCAGCGUCGCCGCGUGCGGCAUGCUGUGGACCCGUCCCCAGUUGAAUUUCGCGUCGUGUGUCUGCGUACGUGUAGCUAUGCGCGUACAUAUUUUCGUGGCUUCCUUCCCCUCCCCUCUCCGUGCCGCCGUGCGUCAAGAGAAAAUACCGUGUAUAUCAAUACCCCGCCAGUGUACUUACGUCUACCCCCUCACGUCUUCUCUUCCGUCCCACGUCCCCCCGCUCCUGUGUCCCGCCAUCUGUCUGUCUGUCUGUCUGUCCGUAUGCUAUCGAUUAUCGUCGCUUCGUUCCGUACUCUGUGCUGCCAAUGCUGCUCUUGUUUAUACCUAUACCGCUG